GUAUCACAUAGCGGGAUCCAAAGUAAUUAGCGUUAUGUUUUUUGAUGGCCAAUCUCGGACAUUCUACCUGCAUUAAAUUAGUCGACCAGACUGCAAAACCUAUGUUCGAAAAAAUAUUUAAUUGUUCCAACUCAUGUGCUUCACAUUCAGUCAAGAGAAUUCUAUCUGCAGCAGAGAAACGUAGUCGAUACUUCCGCCGACUGUUUCAUGUUAGACACAUGGAUUUUGAAUACGCUUUAUGGCAGAUGUGGCAACUCUUUGUUGGACCGCAACGUGUGUUCAGGAAUUUCAAUUAUCGCAAAUGUUCACGACAGCAAUGGGCAAGAGAUGAUCCUGCAUUUUUAGUCCUGAUGAUGGUUUUCUUGUUCUUUACUUCAUUGGGGUUUGCCUUUUGUAUGUCGUUAAACGCAAUCCAGUCAGUCGAGUUCGUCCUGUGGGUCGUAUUCGUCGACUUCAUUGGAAUUAGUCUUCUCCAGGCAACAUUCUUCUGGAUUAUUACAAAUCAUUUCUUCGUCGACUCAUCCAAAAGUCGCUCACAACUCAAUACAUUGGGACGUUUUGUUGAAACUAAUCCGGAAGUGGAAUGGGGAUACGCCUUUGAUGUUCAUCUAAAUGGAUUUUUCCCAGCACUGUGCAUUUUGCACUUGUUACAGUUACCUUUUCUGUACAUUAUUCUCCAAAACUGGUUCAUUGGGAGGUUACUGGGUAAUACUUUUUGGUUGAUGAGUUUCACUUACUACACCUAUAUCACAUUCUUGGGUUACCGUAGUAAGUUCACAUCACGUUUUAACUUGUAUUUAGCCAGUAAUUUCUUGAUAUUUUUUAAUCAAAACCGUGUGCAACAACCCUAGAAAAAUAAAAUAACUGUUAUAUUUCAUUUUAUUGUAAUUGUUAACCGUGUAGUUAUCGUGGUCUGUUAGGUGGACUAAUAUAAUUAUUAUUCAUGAUAGAAUAUACAAAAAAUUUACAAGUAAAAAAUGCUUUGACUAGUCAGUAUGCGUACGUGACUUCCAACCACUCGAUAUAGAUCGUUAUAGUUUUCAAAAAAAGUGGAAACAGCAGAACAAAGCUAUCAUUAAGAUAAAUAGGGAGAAGAAUAAAAGUAAACAAGUUGGAAAUGAGAUGUCCAAAUCUUAACUGGUUAGAUAUACUGUGGUUAAUUUUGAAAUUAUUAAUACAGACAGUGAAUAAUAGACAUUUGAUAAAGUUCGUUAGUUGUUGAGUCUCUCAUACGGUAAAUAUCUAAAUUGACCUUAAGCAUACUUGCCCCCAUCCAGAUGUUUAUUGAAGAUUGUUUAAGAUAUCAUGUUUGACACAAAAUAUCAGAUCUCGAGAUUUUAUCAGGUAUUGGAUGUUACAGUUAUACAUGACCAAUAAUAAACAACAUACUUUGUUUGUUAUAUUUCAGCUUUACCGUUUCUCAAGCGUACAACAGUUCUAUUGUGGCCAGUAACAGCUGCUGUCAUAAUUUAUGUGAUAUCGCUUAUCAUGAAAUGGAAUUUCACACUUUUCUUAUGCCAUUUUUACCAGUUCCGUUUAUUUUAAUGAAUGACUGCAAAUAUGUUAACUGUGAUACAAAUUAAAGAGAAAUAUUAUGUUCUCUGAUUGUAAAUAUUCUUAAAAAGUGAUUGAGUUAUAAUUCAAGUUGUUACAAUACUUGAUAUAUGACUAUGUAUAGUUCAUCGUUGUUUGCUAUUAAUAUUUAUUCACGCGUAUCUGGACUAGAUACUUCUGUAUAAUUUAUUUUAUUUUAACAUUGCAAAGAUAUUGAAUUAAAAAAUAUUUAUUAAUGACCAUGCAGUAUUUUUCCUCUUAAUUUCUGAUAAGAAAUAAGCAGUUAAAUAGUGAUUUAUAGGCAAAUCCUAACAAAGUUAAUAAUAACAAAAUGCUCUGUAACUCAAAAAUCCGAAGGUUGAAGAUUGACUUGAAAGAAGUAUAUUAAGUUUACGCGAAGUGAUUGCUAGAUGAUACGUAGUGAUUAGUUAUCAGCAUUAAUUUAAGAAUGUUUCCUAAUAAAAGUAGUAAAGCUAAGAAGGCAGAUAAGUUUCUUUUCAAGUCGGAGUGUAAUUAGAAAGUUUUACAAAACACCAGUGUUGUUGGGAAAUCAACGUAAAGUAAUUUGGCAGUAAAAAACAAAUCAUAGUUGUUAGAGAAAAUAUACAAAGCACGUUUCCAAUUGGACCUCAUUUUUUCGUUGGCUACAUUGUUCGCAGUGUGUACACACAGAUGGGGACAUUUAAGCUAGAUAUUCCAUACCUCUAAAUAACGUCGAGUGGACUUUUUAAAAAGUUGGAAUACCCAGGGGAAACUAGACACCUGGGAAUUGAGUUUCUACUUGUUAAAUAUUUUGUUUUAUUGAUAUGCACAAUUCUAGCGUUCUCAGCAUCUGUGGUUAUGAGGGUCCUAGUGUAAGUUCCACCUGUGUUUUAAAGAACUGAUUAUCAUGGAAUCAAGUGAAUACAUACUAGCAUAAGUAUUGAAAAGCUCACUUCGUCAAACGUCGAAUGGUUACAUUUCUUCCGAAAAACAGUGCAUAAUUAGGUAACUUUUAAAAAACCAGGCCAAAUGCACAACUAAAUUUUACAUGUAAGUUCACGCAGAAAAUGGGUCUUCUUUUUGAGAAUGGAUGGAAAGAUGCAUUUCCUGUUUCUGUUCACGCUCCAUAUUUUCUCAUUGCUUGAAGAUCUAUAUAUUAUUUCUUGACAUAUCGACCUGUUUUAUCUAUGAUACUAUUUUAAAGCACGUCCGUUUUACGACUAAGGUAACAACACUAACUUUCCUGUUUUAUACAAAUAGUGACAGAGGCUAUGUGCAUUUACCUAAUUACAGCAAAUCAAUACAAUUUAAGCAAAUUACAUGAACUUCGAGAGAAAACUAUCGAAUUCUCUAUUUGCAUUAACACUUCAAAAUAACUGUAAUUAAGUCUUGAUAACCUUGUUAAUAACGCAACAACUCUGUAUUUAAUUAUGCACUACAAUGUAUAAAAUGAUUAUAAAUACGUUUGUAAGGCAUUAGUAAAUGGCAUAGUCAAGAAAGGCCUUUUCAUUGAAUCGUUCUAAGCUUGUUUAGUGGUUUCUUUGAUUCUAAUACAGUUUAGUUUAAAAUCAGAUUAUAUCAGUAGAAAAGUAUACAUCUUCCGAAAGUCAUUUCUUACACUUUCAUCUAAUCCAAGCUGCCUAUUAACUCAUCUAUUUUUUAGGUUAGUAUACUUUUUUAGUGAUGAGCUCAACUUUUGUCUUUCUAUUCAUGACGCGUUACAGGCAAAUUAGACAUUAAGUUGAUUGAUGACUAUACAAUUCAAUGAUCAACUACAGAACAGUAUACUUGAUAUCUUUUAAGACAAUUUUGUGUGAGAACUAGUGAUAUUGCUUGGCUGCUCAGUUUGAAAUAGAUAGGGCGGAACUCAAACUUGCGACUUAGUAACUGGAAGACCAAGUCAACCAUUAAUAUCCUUUUAAUCUCACCUAAACUGUAUAAAUAUUGUCACUAGGAGUUCCUCCAAUGUACGAUCUCGUAGAUGCGUACGUCAAAUUGAUAGUUUUCUUUACUUUCUGUUAGAACAAUAUCCAACACUAUUUCUUUUGUUAAUUCUAUUAAUCGUGUGACCGAUUCAGUGAUUUUGGUAUAUCCUCACUCCUUGAGACUUCUCAGAUAGUGACAUAUCUAACUAAAAUUGAAUAGUUAGUCCGAGGCAAAGAAAGAAUGAAUAUUUAACAAAAGAACAACUUUAUAUACAGUCGCCAAUUGUUUUACUAGA